GUAAAAGAGCUACCUGGUCUUGGAAAUACAUUGGAUAUUAUUGUAGUGAACGGACGCAUCCGCGAGGGUGAUACUAUCGUGUUGGCAGGCCAGGAAGGUGCUAUCUCUACGCAGGUUCGCGGGAUCCUAAUGCCGGCUCCAAUGACUGAGCUGCGCAUUAAGAGCAUCUACCAUCAACACCGUGAGGUGGUGGGUGCUCAGGGGGUUAAGUUGAUUGCCAAGGAUCUCGACAAGUCUUUAGCUGGCCUUCCCAUCUAUGUAGCAAACGAUUUGGCCGAAGACCUUUACUAUCGGGUUUGCUGUCCAUUUUUAUCAUUUUACUCAAUUUUGUCACUGAUUUUUUUCUAA